CCACCGUUCGCGUUCGGUUCCGGUUCGGGUUCCAGAGUGUCCUGCGAGGGAUCGCGUUGCGAGUCGUUUUUGAGACACAGUUGUGUUGAGGAUUUCAACAUUUUAGCUUUUCCUGAAGGAAGCAGUGCUCAUUCCGAGUCAUUGAACGUUUCUAGCAGUGAAAAUUCGCGUGUGGGUGGAAAAUACUGCCUUCUGCCAAACUGUGCGGUGCGAAAUUUAUCCGCAGGAAAACAAAUGUGAAAAUUUUCCUACCGGAGGCUGCCAAGAUGACGGAGAAGAUGAACGAGCAGUGAUGGAGUGUUGAUGUGGGAUUUGGUGGAUCCGGUCGAUGCGGCGAAGAAAAUGACGUCGGGAAGGCUUUCAAGGACCUUGAAUUCUGUGUGAGUGUGUUUUUGCUUACCGAGUGCCGUUCCUGGUCGUGUGAUAAAAUUUUGCGGAUAUUUUCUAUGGGGGGGCCGGAGGCUGACGACAGGAUGUGUGCGAUUUUAUAUGAGCAAUGGGCGAUGGAGUGUUUGUAGUGAGAGUAAAAUCCUGCAGCGAAGUGACGUCUCCGUCGCGGUGCCAAGAAGAAGUACAACAAUCAACAACAAGAAUAAUAAUAGUUCCUGAACGGAUGAAAAUUUUGCCAAGAUGAGGCAGUAGCAGUUGAGAGCAAACAUCGCGAGUGUGUCAAAAGAACAAGAAGAAGAAGAACCAAAACACAGGACGAAGGACGAAUCUGAAGACGUCAGUCGUCAUUCUCAGUGGCGGCUGCUUGAUGCGGAUUAUGCUGCAAUAAGAAAAAAAAAGAAGGAAAAUAUAGUGUUCCAGUGUGUGCAUUUUGGCUUUGGAACCGAGAAAGUGUGUACAAGAAGCCGUGUGGCGGAAGUGGAAGUGAGUUUGGGAAAAAGGUGAUACCGAAGCGGAGAAGCAGAACGAAGCGGUGCUGUGCUAUGCUGUGUGCUGGUGUUUCCGGAUGUCCUGAAGAAACAUAAAGGCUGAGACUCUCGGAUGGAUGAGUGGAAAUACCUAAUCGCGCUGCUGCUGGUUGCGCUGUCCAGCCUUCGACUCCCGACGGUAGAUUCGAUCAAAGAUGGCAGCGGGGCGGCAAAUGGGGCUACGGCAGCAACAGUCCCUGGAAGCGCAACUGCCCGUUCCACCGGAAGUCGAUCGGCUCCCCAGGCGAUAGCUUCCCUCUCGUCGGCAUCGAUAGUGGCAGCCCUCGCCGCUCGACAGAACAAUGCAGCUGCUGCUGCUGCCGCCGCCUCUGCUGCUGCAGCUGCUUCCGGCACCGUGGGAAAUGGUGGGGCAGUGGCUCCCAACCGAUGUAAUUUGGCCCAGUUUCGGUGCGGCAACGGAACGUGCAUUGCUUCGUCCAAAUACUGCGACGGAAGCUUCGAUUGCCUGGACAAAACCGACGAGCCCAAGUUCUGUACAGCAUGCAACCGAACGCUGUACGGCGAAGUUGGGCGAACUUACGAGCUUCAGCUGCAGCCGCACCAGUUGCUGCAAUUCCUUCAACAGCAACAACAGCAGCAGCAGGAGGAAGGCAACGUGAAAAAUGCAUAUCCCUUCCUGUGUCAUCUUAACUUCACGGCGCCCGGGGGAGCGUACGGUGAUAUCGUGCAGCUCAAUUUCGCUAAAUUUAGCGUUGGGAAGUUUGUGCCCAGCAUGAAUCUGGGAGGAGGUUUGAUGCAAAGUUACCAACCGCAUCAGCAGCAGGAGCAGCACCAAUCGUCCCACCAGCACGAGGCUUGCCUGGAGGGGUACAUGACGAUACGUGAACAGGGGCUGCCAAACCUGAAUGGAAAAUGGUGCGGAACGGCCUCCGGGUAUACGAUCUACUACAGCGAGACCAAGUCGGUCAACGUGAGCAUACGGCUGGAUCGGUUGCCCCCGAUGAGUGGUUCCAAUGGAGUGGCCAAUGCGUUGGAGUUUCGACUGAUCUACAAGUUCCUGAGGCAAUCGGAUGCUAAGUUAAGAUCUGAAAACCGAAUAUGGAACGGAGAUCGAGUGCCCGGAACCUACUGCAACCGAAACUUUUACGACUGCGACAAAAGGAUCUGCCGAAUACGAUCGCCCAACUAUCCCGGCAUUUAUCCACGCAAUUUAACCUGUAAAUAUUAUAUUAAUCAUCGGACGCCACCGAGCGGACUGCACGCCAUGAUAGUCCUCCGGCAGCCCGAUGGACAUAAAUUAAACAUAAAGGAGCAGGCGACAUCACAUCACGAGGCGAGCACCAGGAUUUUGAGGAGUUGGGAGCAGUGUGACGUUGAGCAGGACUACCUCACGAUACACGAUGGGAAAUCGUUGGAGGCUCCAGAGAUAGGACGGAUUUGCGGUGGCGACGUUCUGCCCGAUAUCGUUUCGAGCGGGCCAGACAUGAUGGUCCAGUUCAGAACUUCGCCGUACGAUGUGCCCUUCCACCCGAAACCGAUUACGUUCUUGCCGGGAUUUGAGCUGGAAGUGCAUGUCCUUUACGUCAACUCCAACUCGCAGUCUUACAUUCGCCAGCCCGGGCGGUGCGAGUUCUCAAUCAGCGCCUUCGAAAGUCAAACAGGCGAACUGGAAAGUCCGCAGCAUACUCUUCCUCCGGAAAGUUCCUGCAUCUACCACUUCCAGGGCCGACGGCACGAAACGGUGUGGAUUUCAUUCAUCAAAUACCACUCAGCCAUUGAUCCCACCGGAUUUGAAUCGCCUGCGGAAUGCGUGACGCAACUUCGCAUCUGGGAUGGACGGUGGUCCGUAACCUCGCGGCCUUACGUAUUCCUAGGCAUACAUCCAGAAUACACCCGGAACGCCAGCUUGAUCGAGCAGAUUUGCCGCGAGGAGGUACCUCGUCUGUGCUCGCGAUCACUGAUCGCCAAAGGGAGUCGACCAUGCUCAACGCAAGAGAGCUACUUGUCAACUGGAUCCGACCUCACGAUCGAGUACCGCCCCAGUCCCAUUGGUACCGCUCGUCUAUACGGCCCAGCAUCUGCUUUCAAGCUUCGGUACGAGUUCGUCGAUAAUUCACUGGGAGGAGCUCCGUUGGAACCGUUGAUUGCGCCAUCGGCUAUGCCCGAACCUGCCGCUCUCGUUCAGUUCCAUCCGAAGUCUUGCGAUCGAGUUUUUCGGUCCUCGUCUGCGUCCAGAGGAAUAUUCCGAUCACCGUCGAACGUAUUUCUCUACGGAAGAGGUGGUUCGCCAAACAUCUCUUGUACGAUUCGAUUCGAAGCCGGAAUUGGAGAAAGCGUUAGAUUAUCCAUAACGAGAGCCCGUUUCGGCGGUCGUUCGUGUCAGAACAUGCAGAAUCGGUCAGGGCGUUGGCACUGCAACCAUCACAGCGGACCCAUAGCCGAUCUGAGAAUCAGUGAAGUUCCAUGGACAGAUAUACCACCGCUUCCUCGGGAUUGCCUCUGUUCCGAUGUAUCCAGCUCGAUCAAUCUGGCUCCGCUAGCUGCCAGUAUUGUCGAGGUACGAUUCACCGCUAUGCAAAUGGAGGUUGAUCAGGACUUCCGUGACUUCUACUUCGAAGGCCGCUAUGAAUUUGAAAAGGACGAAUGCGAAACGGAUUGGAGUGUUCGACGAUUGCGGGGACGCAGUGGGGAUGCCUUGCUCAAACCUACUUCCUGUCCAGCGUUGAUACAGCCGUGGCUUCUGGAGCCAGAAACCGAAGGCAGCUAUCUGGUGCUCAAAAUGAAGGGUUUUUGGAUGCCACCGCUACUUCAUUCUGCUCCGCCAUGUCCGACUGAUGCUCGAAUAACGGUGUACUCCACGAACAACCCUAAGAACUCACGGGACCUCUGUCCUUCUGGUCCAGACGUCGUUGCGUUCUCCGAUGGAUGGGACAAUGCGUACGAAUACAGCGCUCUAGAAAUAUCCAAAAGCCUCAUAAUCGAGUUCAAGAGUUCCCGAAAACCCCGUGAAUUCGAAGGAAACGAAUACAAAUUCUCGUGGAUGGAGAUCUACCCCGGCAACGACUGUCCCUACAAGUGUCAAGAGCUUCAAGCCUGCAUACCCAGGGAACUUUGGUGCGACGGUAAAGUACACUGCCCGUCCGGCCAGGACGAAAGCCCCACUGAGUGUGACCAUCGAAUGCCGCUAUCUCCUCUCCACGUCGGAGUAGCGGCCGCAACCCUUACUCUCUUCCUAUCGCUAGCCGCAGGCCUAACAGCUUGCGCCCGAAGGAAACGGGUCGAGAAGAAGCACCAACUGCAGGCGCAUCACGUGGACACGAACGGGCGAUAUCCGCACCAUCCGGCGUACGCGCACUCGAAUCCACAUCACCACAUGGCCAGCAGUCACGCGCUGACGCCCAUCUAUCUGGACCCCACCAAGGACAGCUUCUGUUGACAAGAGCUGGAGACUUCGGUGUAGCCCAUACCGAAGUCCCAGGAUUUCUACUACUUUGCGUUCAAUCGUUAGGUGGGGGGCGUGGAUGGUGAUGGAUGUGAAGGCUGAAUUCGGGUGAUGUUCAGAGAGAGUCAAAUUUCAGCAGCCAAUAGACGAGACGAUGUAAGAAAUCCAAUAAUUAGG